UCCCAGGCCUGAGGGGACAUUCCCUCAGCCCACCUCAUCUGACGGCGAGGAGUCUCUGACUCCGCGAGGUCUCCGAUUGUCCGAGGAACCCGCGCCCUGCAGAGACCCGAGCUCUGAUCUCUUUUUUGUCGUGUUUGAUCUCGCUCCAGCUGUAGGCAGAGUUGCUUUGUGUCAGCCACGCUUUACAGAUAGGUGCGCUGCGGCUCAGAGAGCUGAAUUCGCCUGGGGAGUUGGCACUAGUUGCAGUGUUUCUGAUUCUGUUAAGCCUUGGCCCCAACAUGUGCCUAAGGCGGCUUCUGCAGUCCUCCCAGCUCCAGCGGGCUUGGACGGCGGCCUUCCUGAAACAUGUCCAGGGCAGGUGCCCAGGAGCCCGGAGAUGGACGCAUUCUGGAGGUGGCCCCUACAGAGCAGUGAUUUUUGACAUGGGCGGAGUUCUGCUUCCUUCUCCAGGGAGCGUGGCCACAGAAUGGGAGGUACAGAAUCAUAUCCCUUCUGGAACUGUAGUGAAGGCCUUGAUCUCAGGUGGCGAAAAUGGGCCCUGGAUGAAAUUUAUGAGAGCAGAGAUAACAACAGAAGAUUUCUUACAAGAAUUUGGGAGACUUUGCUCUGAAAUUUCAAAGACCUCCGUGCCCGUGGACUCCUUUUUCUCUCUGCUGACCAGUGAGCGAGUGACGAAGCAGUUCCCAGUGAUGACUGAGGCCAUAACUCAGAUUCGGGCUAAAGGCCUUCAGACUGCAGUCUUGAGCAAUAAUUUUUAUCUUCCCAAUGGGAAGAGCUUUUUGCCCUUGGACCGGAAACAGUUUGAUGUGGUCGUGGAAUCCUGCCUGGAAGGUGUCUGCAAGCCAGACCCCAGGAUAUACAAACUGUGUUUGGAGAGGCUCGGCCGGCAGCCUUCUGAGUCCAUCUUUCUUGAUGAUCUUGGACCAAAUCUAAAAGCAGCUGCCAGCCUUGGUAUUCACACCAUUAAGGUUCAUGACCCAGAGACUGCAGUAAAGGAAUUGGAAACUCUUUUGGGAUUUCCAUUGAGAAUGGCUGUUCCAAACACUCGCCCUGUGAGAAAGACGAUGGAAAUUCCCAAAGAUGCUUUGGAGAAGUACCUCAAAGACUUACUGGGGACCCAACCCACAGGCCCAUUGGAACUCCUUCAGUUUGAUCACGGGCAGUCAAAUCCCACCUACUACGUCAAGCUGGCUAACCAUCAGCUGGUUCUGAGGAAGAAACCCCCCGGGACACUCCUUCCAUCUGCGCAUGCAGUAGAGAGGGAGUUCAGGAUAAUGAAAGCCCUUGCAAAUGCUGGAGUCCCUGUCCCCAAAGUUCUUGACCUUUGUGAAGACUCAAGUGUCAUUGGUACCCCUUUCUAUCUGAUGGAAUACUGCCCAGGCCUCAUCUACAAAGACCCCUCUCUGCCAGGCUUGGAGCCCAGCCAGAGGCGGGCCAUCUACACUGCCAUGAACAGAGUCUUGUGCAAGAUUCACAGUGUGGACCUCAAGGCUGCAGGCCUGGAAGACUAUGGGAAACACGGGGACUAUGUUGCACGUCAGGUGCAAACGUGGAUCAAGCAGUAUCGAGCCUCAGAAACCAGCACCAUUCCAGCAAUGGAGAGGCUCAUCGAGUGGCUGCCCCUCCACCUUCCCAGGCAGCAGCGGACCACAGUGGUGCACGGGGACUUCAGACUGGACAACCUGCUGUUCCAUCCGGAAACUGCCGAGGUGGUUGCUGUCCUGGACUGGGAACUUUCUACCUUAGGCGACCCCCUUGCCGAUGUGGCCUACAACUGCCUGGCUCACUACCUGCCAUCCGGUUUUCCCAUUCAGCCAGGGUUGAGUGACUGUGGUUUGACUGAGCUGGGAAUCCCUACUGCAGAGGACUAUUUCAGGAUGUACUGUCUUCACAUGGGGAUCCCUCCUGCUGAGAACUGGAACUUCUACGUGGCUUUCUCCUUCUUCCGCAUUGCUGCAAUCCUGCAGGGAGUCUACAAGCGCUCACUCACAGGGCAAGCAAGCUCGGCAACUGCAAAACAAACUGGGAAGCUGACAGAAUUUAUGUCUAACCUGGCAUGGGAUUUUGCAAUCAAAGAGGGGUUCCGGGUUUUUAAGGAAAUGCCGGCCACCAAACCAUUAACGAGGUCCCACCACACAUGGUGCCUGCUGAGGACCCCAGGCACGAGGAGUUAUGUCACCUCCAGAGACUCUUCUCCAGCUUAUGCCUCAAAGGAAGCUCUGAUCUUCUCUCCAGAAGGCCUUCCCCCCCGAGUCAGGGAGCUAUAUCAGCGCCUGAAGGAGUUUAUGGAACGACAUGUAUACCCCGCUGAGCCGGAGCUACAGCGUCACCAGGCCUCGGCCGAGAGGUGGACCCCGUCCCCGCUGGUCGAAGAUCUCAAGGAGAAGGCCAAGGCUGAAGGACUUUGGAACCUUUUUCUACCCCUGGAGACUGAUCCCAAGAAGAAAUAUGGAGCAGGGCUGACCAACAUGGAGUACGCACAUUUGUGUGAGGUCAUGGGCACGUCUCUGUACGCUCCCGAGAUUUUUAACUGUUCUGCUCCAGACACGGGGAACAUGGAGCUUCUGGUUCGAUAUGGCACUGAGGAACAGAAGGCCCGCUGGUUGAUUCCAUUGCUGGAGGGAAAGGCUCGCUCCUGUUUCGCUAUGACUGAGCCCCAGGUCGCCUCCUCCGAUGCCACCAACAUCGAGUCUUCCAUCCGAGAGGAAGAUGGCUUCUAUGUCAUCAAUGGUCACAAGUGGUGGAUCACAGGUAUCCUGGAUCCUCGCUGCCAGCUCUGCGUGUUUAUGGGAAAAACAGACCCACAAGCCCCACGCCACCAGCAGCAGUCCAUACUCUUGGUUCCCAUGGAUACCCCAGGGAUAAAAAUCAUCCGGCCUCUGACGGUGUAUGGGUUGGAGGACGCACCAGGUGGCCACGGUGAAGUCCUGUUCGAGCAGGUGCGCGUGCCCAAAGAGAACAUCAUCCUGGGCCCCGGCCGGGGCUUUGAGAUCGCCCAGGGCCGACUGGGUCCCGGCAGGAUCCAUCACUGCAUGCGGCUGAUUGGCUGCUCAGAGAGGGCGCUGGCGCUCAUGAAGGCCCGAGUGAAGUCCCGCGUGGCCUUUGGGAAGCCCCUGGUAGAGCAGGGCACGAUCCUGGCAGACAUUGCCCUGUCCCGCGUGGAGAUCGAGCAGGCCCGGCUGCUGGUGCUGAAAGCUGCCCACGUCAUGGAUGUGGCGGGAAAUAAGGCUGCAGCUCUGGAUAUUGCCAUGAUUAAAAUGGUGGCCCCAUCCAUGGCUUCCCGAGUGAUUGAUCGUGCUAUUCAGGUCUUCGGAGCAGCAGGCCUGAGCAGCGACCACCCACUGGCUCAGUUCUUCACUGGAGCCCGAGCCCUGCGCUUUGCUGAUGGCCCUGAUGAGGUGCACCGAGCAGCAGUGGCCAAGAUGGAGCUGAAGCACCGCAGUUAGACCUGCCGGAGCCCCGUCAUCCCCACCAGGCUUGUCGUGCCCAAAUUUCCUGAUGUGGUUUGAAAGACCUGGUAUCUGUGCUCCGUGCACCCUGCCUGGCAGCUCUGUCCUGGGACCCUUGUGAACUCAGCCUUCGUGGGUCCCCACAGAACACACUUCUGUAAGAAGCCUGGAGUUGCCUGUUUCAGGCAAGGAGGAAGGGGAGUAACCAAGAGCUGAGUGGGUUUUGGCACAGAGCCUGAAGAUCUGGUCUUUAGGCCAGGAUGGAGCUGCAUGGGCAGCCGGGCCCCUUCUCUCUGGCUGUGGUGUGCAAAGGCUGUGGGCAUCUGCAUGAGUAUUAGGAGUCCUGCUGGGGUGCUGGGCCUGUGGUUGCUCCCAAUACAGGGCCUUCUGCUCUGUCCCUCCCCACCCCUUCUCCCAGCUGAUGGCUGCCGCCUACAAACCUGGGGUGGGAGAACUCCUGGGCAAAAGGAAUGAAACCCAAAUCAUGAAGCCACUGCCAUCUGAUUUUCUUUCUUUGAAUAUCCAAAACACAGAACACUGAAAUGUUAAUUUAGAAAGAAACUUUGGAAACAUGGAAGAAUAAGAAUGUAUACUUCAGAGACAUCAUGAAUGCUCUAUAUCAUAUAAAAAGAAUGGAGAAUGAAGGCUGUCACUUCAACCCCUGUUUCAGUAAUGUCAGUUGCCUCCACAUAUUUAAGUUUACACAAGAUCCUGCCCAGUGCAUCAGCCUACCUGUACGCAUGGAGGGCAAAGACGCAGUGACCCAUAGUAGGUCCCAAAUCAGCCACCUCACUGCUACUCAUCUAAAGGUCAGCAAAAGACCAUGGUGUUCUGGUGUGUGAGGGCCAUCCUCCAUCUGCUCUGUAGUCAGAAUAUUUGUGGGGAGAGGAGGUGGUGGGGAAUAUGUCAUUACAAUCCAGAGAGCAGUACUUUUCCCACAGAGAAAGGUGGACAUGCUUGCUCACUUGAGGUCUGAAUUCAAGGGAUGGGUGCCCAUGAGCCCAGGCAGUGGUUGGAGAUAAGCCACUGGCUCUUAGGGCCUGGUCUGCUAAUCUCGUGAUCUGGGAUGAUGUGGCCAACAGCUGCCCGUUUCAGGUCAGACCACAUGGGCAGGCAUCACCCUUCACUGUCUGCUGCCUUGCAGACCUGGCCCCCUCAAAGAACUGCUUUACCAGAGAGAACACCCACCUGCUGCAGUUACAACCGCAUGCCUUCAGGGUACCAGGGAGCCAUGGGGGGCUUGUGAAAAUGCUCCUCAGAUGUCCUUGCCUCAGUGGUCUAGGGAGGCAGGCCCUCCUCUACUGCUUGUUGCUCACAAAUAUAAUUAAAUUCAACUCCUCCCCCACAAUGAAUUGCUAUCACAAUACCAGCCACACUGGCAAACAACCUUUUGAAAACUGUGGCCGGGUUCUAGCAGCCUGAAUUCUUGCUUUAAGUCUUAGUGAGGAGGGGUGUGAAAAAGGAAGUGCUCUGGCACGUGUAUCAUGUGACCCUCAGAUUUCUCUCAUGGCCUCUGAAGUUAAUUUAACCUUGCUUGUUAACUAGUGCAGCUGCAGGGAUGAAAAUAGAAGCUAUGGGGCGACCCCACGUCUCCCUCAGGUUCUGUCGGGAAAGGGGAAGCCCUGGGUAGGACAGUGAGCAUGCUUAAAGGAUGUGAGUCACAGAGAUGUGGCCUCCAGUAGCCCCUCAUCCAGGAUCUCCCAUCCUGUGAAACAGUUCCACUCACCGCUGUCAACUGUACCCUUCUUCUUGGUUGGGCACUGGUCUAGGCCUUGGGGAAUGUGCAGGAAAACAAACUGGUCCAGUUGCUGAUACCAGGGGGCCCUUGGCCCCUUGACUCCCUGGUACCCUGAAGGCAUGUGGUUGUAACUGUACCAGGUGGGUGUUCUCCCAAGUAGGGGAUGGCGGUGAAUAUCUGAGAUUGUGGUGGGUGAUGUGGGUGCUGUAAUAGGCACUGCUAGGGGGUGGGAGCUGGGGGCUCAGGAAGGGAAAACUCGUUCCAGAAGAGGCAUUUGAGCAAGACCUGAAUGAUAAGAAUGGGCAAGGGUGCUUCAGAAGAAGGAACAGCAGAUGCAGAGGCCCUGUAGGGCAGCCCAGUGUGUCUGGGUGUAGAAUACCAGAAGGUAGAAGGUGCUAGGCCAUGUGAGACCUUGGGGCCUUUGGUGGGGCAUUUAGCGUUGAUUCUAAACGUAACAAAACAGUAAGUUUAGGUCUUAGAGUGACACUUUGAUUUGAGUUUUUAAAAGCUGCUUCUGCUCUCCAAAGUUCACCAGGAUAAAGAAGGAAUAAAGGAGGAUUAGAGCUGGUUCAAAGUUCCCUAAUGCUGCAGAGGGCUGCAAAAAAACAACCCACAAAGUUAAAAUUAAAAAAAAAAAAAAAGAAGAAGGAAAGGUGGGGGAUGAGGGGCAGGGGUCUCAACAAGUUAUGAGCAAAAAAUUUGAAGAAUAAAGGAAAUUUAACCUGGUCUUUAUCUCUCUUUUUUCCCCUACCUUCAGCAAACAGUUGGCAUUUCUGGUUGGCCAAAUGUGCUAACUAAUGUGGUGCUGUGACAGCAUUGUGCUUCUCUGGAGUAGGAGUCUGUGUGUGGUUGUAGAUGCAUGCUUGGGCAUGAACAAGCUUGGCGGGUGAUGAGGGUGCCUGACCAGCUUUAUUUGGGGCACCUUAAUCUCUUGCCACCAUCCCUAUGUGGCUGGGUCUGCCUUCUUAUUAGCCUGUCUUGGGUAUGGGAACAAAAUGUCAUCCAUACAUAAUGAUUUUUUCUCACAUCAACUUUCUGUCUCAAAGCAAUUGAACACACAAUUCCUCUGCUCAACUCUUGGCAUCAGGGGCUAGAUUCCCAUUGGACUGAGCCCUCCCCAGUGGUCCCGUGACACUUGCAGGGCUCAGGGUCCCAUCUAGAAUGCCAGCUGUGAUGGGACGUCUAGCCCUCUCUUCCCAUUCUCCCCCACCUCACACUCCCUGCAGUUACGUGUGGUCCUGGCAUCCACAGCUGCCUGUGUUCCUCCCAGCCUUGAUUUCAUAUACUAGCAGAUAAUUCCAGAAUAAUCCUAGAAAGGCUGUAAGAAAGAGACUGGGUUCCAGAGAACUCCUCUGGUUGGGGCCCCUUUAGGAGAAUGUCACUGGAAGUGAUGUUGAAAGAAUAGGCUCCUACAUUCUCUGCCAGCAUUCAGAUUCCAGAGUCCCCAGUGUUCUUCUAAGAGGGGGCUCCUGUCACUACCCAGGGCUUCUGAGUUCCCCAGGGAUGCCUUGGGGAGGCCAGGGCUGUGCUGCCGCAGGCCUCUCCGUAGUUACAGGGAAACUGGAGGGCAAGCCCAGAGCUGAAGCUUUGGUUGAGCAUCUCUGGGAUCUCUGGAUUGGUAUUUAUACUGCCCUCCAUGGUGCCAUGAGGCUAUGGCUCUCUCCCCACCACUGAACUUGCUAAUGCAUGUAAGCAUCACAGCAGAAAGACGGGAGAGUCCCAGGCUCCAGCAACCUGGGGUCCAAACCUGUGAUCAUCUAUUGGACAAAUACUCUGGGAGCAGAGUUCUUUUAAUCAAGAUGGCUGAAUAGAGAAAUGAUUUCAGGGAAUUUUUAUCAGUACUAGAUUGAUAACCUAGGGGUAAAGAGCGGUCACAGAAAAACACAGACACUAAAGUGUUAAGGACAAAUAUUAACCAGUUAUACUCUACUGUAGCAAGAAUGAGGGCCCAGCAUGAACUGACCCAUUUGUACAGGGGGCAUCUUAGGGGGAGAAUGAAAGAGCAGGGAGGAGCAAUGGUGGGGUUUACACAGGGAAAUUCCUGCUAAAUCAACAGAAAUUGGGAAGGUGGAGGGUACCAGUCCACAUGAAAUUUAUCUGGGUUUGCUAACUGGCACUUAAAGAAGCUAGGUUCCUAGCCUCCUGUGGAGACAGGAAGGCAGGGUCCUAUCUUGAAGCACUGGCUGGAAUAAACUGGCAGUAACUUCUGGCAGCCUUGAGUUUCCUCAGGCAGGCACAUUCGCCAGGCUCCAGCCAUCCUAGGGAUGUGGCCUUGAGCUGCUAGAAACUGUGUUAGUGUCGGUUCAGGUCUUCGGAAGUGGUGGGGGUGGACCACAUCAUUCAUACUGAGAGUCUGUAGUUUUUGUAGGCUGAGGUUGAGGCCCAGUCAGCAAGAGUGCUUAGAGAAGCCUAGCAAGAGUCUAGUCAGGGAGAGGCUCUUUGUCAGUUAUGCUUCUGGAUUCAAAUGACCCUGGGUUUCAAACCUGCCUCUGUGACAGAUGAGUUGGGUGAUGACAGAGAAGAUAUUUUCAUCUCAUUGAGUUGGUUUUCCCAUUUGGAAAAUGGGAGAGAGCAGCAUUCCUUCCUAGGACUGUUUGGAGGUAAAAUGAACUGACUCAUGAGGAUUCAAUACAAAGCCCGUAGUACCUGCAGUGUGUCAUGUGGCUGGACUCUGGAGGGGGCUAAAGAGGAGGCUGUGCUCAAGUUGAGACACAGG